AUGUUGAUGACUUCCUUAAGCCUCUUCCAAUAUUACCCAGAGGAAGUGCUUAUUAAGAAGAAUUCAGAUAAUAUUGAAAAGAUUGAUGAAGAUUAAGAUUUCUUAGAAGAAGAUUCAAUAUCAAAUGGUGAUUAGGAACUUAAACCGAAAAAAUAAAAUGGUCAAUUAGCAGAAAAAAACAAUUAAAAAAAGAAGGACAAAAUCAAGUCAUCUUAGGAAGUUUAAGAAAAACUCUAAUAAUAUGCAGACUAAAUCAAACUAUAAAAUCAUGUCAAUAUUGAUAAAGGAAAGUACCCCAAUUACUUUAAAUAUCCUAUAUAUGAUUCUUACAAACCAACCAAUCUAUGCGAGACUAGAAAACUACUGUAGAUUUAUUUAAGGAACAGCGCUGCAGGAAUAAAAAAUGAAAAUCUUGAAAGAGAACAAUUUAGAGAGUUCUAUAACUAUUCUAUGAAUUAAAUGGAAACGAAAAUUCCACAUUUUAUUAACUAGCAUACCCUACUUCAAUUUGAUUCUCAUUUUGAGUGUGGUAACCUUGACUCAGCUUAUUUAGUAUAGGAAAAUGAAUACAAUUUACUCAUGAAAGUUGAUACUAACACUAAGGGCAAUUCUUUCUGGUUUUAUUUCAAAGUUAAUAAUGGAAGGCCUGGUUAAGUGGUGAAAUUUAAUAUCCUAAAUUUUAGUAGAGAUUUAAAACACUUUUAUAACCAAGGUAUGAAUAUCUGUGUUUUGAAGGAGAAAGACGAAAAAGAGUAAAAAUGGCAAUAAGACAAGUGCUUUAACAUUUAAUUUCAGUAAAAUCCGGAAUUAAUUAAAAGUUUGGGUAAGCAUAACUAGUAAGCAAAGUACUAUCAUGAAUUGACUUUUAAAUAUAAAUUUGAACCAGCCGAUGAUGCAUAGCUCGGUAAUGGUAUUUAUUUUGCCUACUCUAUACCAUUUACUUAUUCGUAACUUAUUAGUGAUCUCUAGUAGGUCAAAUAAAAUUUAAUGCUCCUUCCUCAUUCUUUAAAAAAGAUUGGAGUAGAUAUGGGAAUUAAAAGUAGCACUGAGUCUUUAGCAUAGGAACUUAAAAUAUAAGGGAGAUAAAGACUCAAUUAGUUUGAAUUGUAGCAUUUAGAAAUCAGAAACUAAGGACUCAAACUUAUGAAACUGAAUUCCUUGGAAAAAGCUAUAUUAAACGAGUAAAAUAGUGUAACUGAUUUUGAUCAGAAUAUGUUAGAGAUAGCUAAAAUGAAUAAAAAGAAAAAUACUAGUUACUAUUAUAAGGAUGAAUUUGAGAUUAAGUCUGGUAAUUUAUUGUAUAAAUAAGAAAUAAUGGCUUAUUCUGUAGGAGGUUUACCAAUUUAUCAGCUAACUGUAACAGCUAGAUGUAGUUAAGGGCAACUUAAAUACAAGAAAAGGAAAGUAAUAUACAUAUGUGCUAGAGUUCAUGCUGGUGAGACAAAUGCUUCUUAUAUUAUGCAGAAUAUUAUUUUCGAGAUUGCUAAUACUUAAAGUGGCAAGUAUGAUCAACUACUCUAGAAUUACAUCAUUAAAAUUAUUCCUAUGAUUAAUGUUGAUGGUGUUAGCAUAGGAAAUGGAAGAGCGUCUUUGGUUGGUUUGGAUUUAAACAGAAGAUGGACAAAUCCUAAUCCUUUAAUUCAUCCAGAGGUUUUCUUUCUUAAGAAAAUGCUAAAGAAAUUUAAUACAUAGUAUGAAAAAGGAGUUUAAAUUUUCUGUGAUCUUCAUGGACACAAUAGAAAGCUUAAUUCAUUUGUAUAUGGUUGUCAUAAAGCAGCCAAUUCAGGAUUGCUAUCAUGGACUAAGACAAGAUUACUCCCAAAAAUAUUGGCAUCAAUAACUUCUCUUUUCAACUAUAGAGAUUGUAGAUUUAAAAUUGAAAAAUGUAAACUCAAUACUGCUAGAGUUGUUUGCUGGAAUGAACUUAAAAUAACAAAUAGCUUUACUCUAGAAGCUUCCCUCUAUGGCAAAUAAGAUUCUAAAUAGGAUGAUGGAUUUUAAGAGAUUUUAUAAAUGACUAUUAAAGAUUAUCAUGAUUUGGGAGAGAGCUUUUUAAAUUCAAUAUCUUAAUAUAAUAAUCUAGAACCAGAGCUUGAAUAAGAAUUUUAAUAAACCAACGGCUGGCUCAAGGUAUCUAAAUUGAAUGAUGUAACUGGAAAGCCAGCUAGAGAAAAGGUAUAAGAAGAGAACAAUUUGACAGUUAAAAAAAGUCAAAGACUAAAAAAGACCUUACUUUAGCAUCAAAGCAAUACUUAAAAUGCAAAAAUAAUUGAAAUUAGACACAGAAAAUCAUUCAUAGAAACUGCUUAUAAUACAAGUACAAAAUAAUAAUAGACCGUAGUUAAUUAAGUUGCCACUCAAAAUUAAUAAUCAAUGAAUCGAAAACAAAGUUUCGCCAUCAGCACUACAACCGCGUCUGGAAACAAUUAGAUCUCUGCAAUUAAAAGUUAAAAUAAAGGAGGCUAAAAAUAGAGUAUCAAAUCUGCAAAAGCUAAAAUGGACAAAUUUUAAAAAAGGAAAACAAGUUCUAAUAAAAAUAUGAUAAGAAGUGGGUCAUCUUUAAAUGAUGAUGAUUCAGUUAGUUAUAGUUCUAAGAGCACUCUACUAUAUCAAUCAUCAAUUGGAAGUAAUUGGAGAGACUUUUUUGAAUAAAAAGAAUUGGAUAAAGCAAUUAAUCUUGCAUAGCAGAAUCAAAUACUAGAGGAGGAAAAUGAAGACAGUGAGAGCGAUUAGGAUUUGGGUGGAUCAGAUAGUGAUCCAAGUGAAGAUAAUAUUGAUUAGACAGAAUUUUAUGAAAUGAUUAGUACUGUAUUUUAAAAAGAGGACUAGGUGUCAUUUGAUGAACUAUUACCAUAGAGUAGUUAUAACUAAGAUUUUAUACAGAUAUAAGAUUAAAAAGACAAUUAAAAAGGGUUUGUAAGACAAACAUCAUAAGCAAAUUUAUAACUUGCUGAUGAUGAACUUGAUUUUUAACCAUUAUAUUAAGAAGAAUUUCCCCUAUAGAGUCCUCCAUAUAACUUUAAAAGGAAGAAUUAAGAUGAAUAUGAUAAAAAUGACCAGUUCUAUGAUCUAUAGCUGAAAAAAUAAAAUCAGACCAAUAGAAUUAAACAUCUAUAGGAGUAACUAGAGGAGCUUGAGAGAUAAAAAAAGCAAUAAUUAAUGCUAUAAUAGCAUUUAAACUAAUCGUAGAGUUCUGAAAAUUAACUUAAUGUUUAGGUUGCUUAGUAUAAAAAUCCUGUAACAAGUUAAGCGUCAAAAACAGCAUAUCUAGGCUGGAAUCUAACUAAAAAUAAAAUGUCUUCAGCAAAUUUAUCAUAAAAUAGCACCUCAAAUUUUUAGGAAUAAAAGCAAUUUUUGAUUCUACAGAAAUCACCUGAGAGAAUAAGAAAUCCUCCAAUGAAAAAUCCUGUACUUUAGCACAAUGGAAGAUUAAUGAGCUCGAAUUUAUUUGACCCUAGCAAAUAAAAACUCAUAACUGAUUAAGCAAUAGCAUAAGCAAGAUAAAUUGCUGCUUAAAAAAGACUUGAGGAAGAAUAGCUUGAGAGCUCUAAAGAGAAACUUAAUAGCAGCAGUGGAUUUUGGUAGAUGAGGCAUUGA